CGCCGGAGAAGGGGUGGUGUCCCUGCCGCCGCGGCCCGCGGGGUCCCCAGGACCACCUGGAGCAGGGUGCCGGGGGGGAGCCGGUACCAACUCUGCUUUCCCCGGCACCCCGCCUCUCACGGCCGGCCCUGCGUCGGGGGAGGAAAGGGGCUCGGUUCUGGUUCUGCGACAGCGCCCGGCUCCAGCCCUUCAAAGUUCCAGUAUAGCUGGAGAGGCGUCCCUCUCUUUAAAAACGGCCGAUGACAGCGACCCUAACUUGGUCCUUCCCGGAGACGUUUUCAUAUGAUGGUUAACAGUUAUCCCGGCGGGAGGGAGGGUUUAAUCAACUGAGAUCGGCCCAGAGAAUGAGGGGUUCUAGGAAGUGUGCGCAGUUAGAACCAUUCAGAUGACAGAAGAAUCCCCCUGGCGCCCAGUAAAUCGAGUAUUUUUCGGAGAGGUGUACCACUGGGUCACAUUUCCAGCUGUAUUAGGUGCCUGAUUUGAUUCGCUUUUCAACUGGGAUUGAACAUAGACCCGGUGUUUCCUUUCUGAAACUCAUGGAGAGGAGAAGCAGGAUCCUGAACUUGAAAUCUGUGGGGCACUUAGAGGAACUAAACGUAUUUAUUAUCCCCAAGAAGAGAAAUUGUGGAGAGUGGGCAUCAUCUGGUUUCACGUGUUUGGUGGAGAAUCCUGCGGAAGGAGAAGGUUGUAUCACCGAAGCUCCAUAGGACACUAGGACUCUGAGAGUGCUUCCACCUUCUCAUACAAAACCUGCUUCCUGCUGACUCUGCAAAUAGGAGACCAGAGAUCUGAGCUUCUAGCACAACCCAUGGAAACUCAGGCUGAUCGAGUAUCUCAGGAACCUCAGGCCUUGCUUGAGAGCGCCCUUCCUUCCUCAAAAGGCCCCGAAUUUCCUGACAAGGACAGUCUGGGGGAUGAGAUGCUGGCAGCUGCACUCCUAAAGGCCAAGGCCCAGGAGCUGGUGACCUUUGAGGACGUGGCUGUGUACUUCAUCCGGAAGGAGUGGAAGCGUCUGGAGCCUGCCCAGAGGGACCUCUACAGGGACGUGAUGCUGGAGAAUUACGGCAACGUGUUCUCGCUGGAUGGUGAGACCAGAACUGAGCCUGAUUCUGAAAUUUCUGAAGAUACUGGAUCACACGGGGUGCUCUUGGGAAGAUUCCAGAAGGAUAUUUCUCAGGGUCUUAAGUUUGAAGAAGCCUAUGAACAAGAAGUCAGUCUGAAGAGGCAGCUGGGGAGCUCCUCUGGAGAGAGACUGAAUAGGAAGAUGCAGGAUUUUGGUCAAGUGACAGCUGAGGAGAAGCGAGCCCCCACGGGAGGGAGAAGUGAGAAAUGCAGCGAUCUGAGGAACAGCUUCACUGUGAGUUCCAACCUCAUUUCCCAUCAGAGACUCCCUGUGGGAGACAGACCCCAUAAGUGUGAUGAAUGUAGCAAGAGCUUUAAUCGAACUUCAGACCUUAUUCAGCAUCAGAGAAUCCACACCGGGGAGAAACCCUAUGAAUGUAGCGAGUGUGGGAAGGCCUUCAGCCAGAGCUCACACCUCAUUCAGCACCAGAGGAUCCACACUGGGGAGAAGCCUUACGAGUGUAACGACUGCGGGAAGACCUUCAGCUGCAGCUCUGCUCUCAUUCUCCACCGGAGGAUCCACACGGGAGAGAAGCCCUAUGAAUGUAACGAGUGCGGGAAAGCCUUCAGCUGGAGCUCCACCCUCACGCACCACCAGAGGAUCCACACUGGAGAGAAGCCAUACGCUUGUAACGAGUGUGGGAAAGCCUUCAGCAGGAGCUCCACCCUCAUUCACCACCAGAGGAUCCACACCGGGGAGAAGCCCUAUGAAUGCAGCGAGUGUGGGAAGGCCUUCAGCCAGAGCUCACACCUCUAUCAGCACCAGAGGAUCCACACCGGGGAGAAGCCCUAUGAAUGUAUGGAAUGUGGAGGGAAGUUUACCUAUAGCUCAGGCCUCAUUCAGCAUCAGAGAAUCCACACAGGGGAGAAUCCCUAUGAAUGUAGUGAGUGUGGGAAAGCCUUUAGGUACAGCUCCGCUCUGGUUCGCCACCAGAGAAUUCACACUGGAGAGAAGCCUUUGAAUGUAAUGGGAGUGAGCAAAAGUUCCCUCCAAGUUACUGCUGAAGUAAGGAUCAGAGAGUCUACGUGAGAGAGAGCCACACGCCGGUUUUCCUCACUUCCUGAGUCGCCAGAGCUCCUGCCUUACUACCUGAGUAUGAACUUAGGAUGUGUCCCUUCACCUUAGAGAAUGGGGCCUGUUGCUCAAAUCAUCCUGGCCCAGUGAUUAGCAACCUAGUCAGUUUCCCCAGGAAUGAUUCCAGCCUUGAAGAACUAGGCUGCCAGCAGCAGACGGAGUGCUGGGAGCAGAGGAAGCUCUGGGACCAGUCUCCUUCCAUUUGGGAAGGGAGUUUGCACUAGACCAUUUUUCUCACACCAGAAGAGCCUUUCCACAGUGGGGAUGAAAGCACAGUAGGAAUAAAAUUGCAGGGGUUCCUCUAGUUGGAGUUGGCAUAGUCAGCACAGAAGAAAGUGGAAAGAACGUCUGGGUUGUGAAAGGGGAAAUGGAGGCUGCAUUUCAAAGCCACUGCUUCUAAUCCAGCUUUAAAUUUUGAUGAGGAAUUUCUUCCUUUUGAUAAGGAAUGUGCUGUUUUGUUUCCUGACUUCAUUAAUUAUGGAAAUCUGGUGCUGAGGGAUUUGUUAUUUCGUUGGGCAGGUGUGGGUGAAGACCCUGAGAGAGGUUUUCUGUAGUGACCGUGUAUCCUCCAGAGCUCUUGGAGCAGCAAGACCAAACCUCCACACAUUUGGUGGAGAACUCGCUCAUCCCUUUUAUGACAGGACUAAUUGGGAAGCCCAGCUCCUUCGUGAGUGUAACCUGAGGGGAAGGAUCCAAAGCCUUUAGCACUAGCCUCCGUUUUCCUUCCCUCCUCUUCCUCCCGCCACUCCUGUGAUGGAAAGUGAUUUAAGCUAAACCCCUAGCUACCAAGGAUGCUUUUAAGGAGCUCACUCAGCCAGCUUGCUCCGCCCUCAGACCUGUGACCUAUGACCUCUGGCCCCAGCUGCUAGACCUCUCCUGACCCCACCUCUGACUUCAGCAGCCAAGUGUGAAUGCAGAGAGCAAAGCCCUGAGGAGGAAGCUCGGGCCUGAGCCUAGUGGAGGGCUCCUUGCUGGGUUAGGAUGGAGCUCCCCAAGUUUUCCCAGCAGAAGGGAUGACCUUUCAUUCUGUUUUCCCAGUCCUGCUCAUCUGUAGCAUAAAUGAAAUGCACUAUUAAACAGAAUAGUUUUUCAGAAGGAUGGCUUGAGUGUGUCUUUUUGCAGGGGCCAAAUUUAUUUCAGUUUAAACAAGAAACAUCAGUGACUAUGAAUGGACUCUUUAAAAGUUAAUCUUUAAAACUUUACAAACGACCAUUUCUCCUCUAAUCUCAAACCUGGAACCUCUGCCCUUCGACUGCAUCCUGCCCUCUGCACACAGCACAUGCAGGCUGUCUCAGUGACGCGGCCGCUUAGACAUCAUGCCUGCCUUUAGGGUUUUAUGUCU